AUUUCGAGCAAGAUUGGCGGGAUGCUGCCGCCGGCGCUCCAGCGGCUCGACUCGUGGCGAGUCGUCUUGGCCUCCCAGAGCCCCCGUCGGUUCGACCUGUUGACGAACCUUGGCUUGCGCUUCGAUGUUGUGCCAUCCACGUUUGAAGAAAACCUGGACAAGAGCCUGUUCCCCACGCCAGAGCACUACGUGAUGGAGAAUGCCAAACAAAAAGCAGUGGAAGUGUUCCAGCGACUCAACGCCCAAGGCACUCACGUCGAUCUAGUAAUUGGGUGCGAUACCGUCGUGGCGCACGAUGGGAAAAUCCUCGAAAAGCCCAAGGACGAACAAGAUGCAUUCGCGAUGCUCUCAACUCUCUCUGGUACCUCGCACGAUGUGUUUUCUGGUGUUGCCGUGUGUGUCUCGUCCUCCGUCCACGUCUUUUGUGAGCGUACGUCCGUCACGUUCCGCCCGCUUGACAGCUCGACGAUUCGAGAGUAUAUUGCAACGGGGGAACCCAUGGACAAGGCUGGGUCGUACGGUCUCCAAGGCCGCGCCAAGGCGUUUGUGGCCUCCCUCGACGGAUGUUCCAACAACGUGAUUGGGUUCCCCGUCGACCGGUUCUGCGUUGAAAUCGCUCGAUUUCUCCAUUAAACACGUCCAUCGUUCCAUUUACGAAUCCAAGUUGAGGAGGAAUGCCGCGCCAUUCAAGACCCAGUGGUCGGGCUUUUCGGUCGUCGGCAGAUACACCGCCACGACAAAGUUUGUCGACAUGCCCGUCGUGCUCAGCGUUCCCUUGCGCACGGACGUCUUGUACACUGGGCACGGGUACUCGUCCUUGCGGCGGUCGAUGUUGGCCUGGGGAAGGAAAUGCACUACGCUCAUUGGCUAAAAUACCACGUCAUCCACCAAUCCCCGAAAAGGGUUCGUACACUAAACAUUUCGC